CGCACACCAUUUAUUCACAAACGCGUCAAUCUCCACCACCAUCAUGUCGCUUCUCCAGCUUAUUCAGGACCAAACAAGUCCUGACAACUCGGUGAGAGUUGCCGCAGAGCUCAACUUCAACCAUGCGUCCCAUCAAAAUCCGUCACAAAUGGCGCACGAACUCACCAACUUGGCUAGCAGUAACGAUACUCCGAUCGACAUCAGACAGGCCUCAUUACUCCAUCUCAAAAGACUCGUUCCCAAGUACUGGUCGAUGGGGUUCCAGUCCUUCGUGGGACCUCCUGUGGAUCAAGAAACAAAAGAAGCCAUUCGCCAAACUUUGAUCGAUAUUUCACUCACUACUCCAUACUCCAAAGUCCGUAGUGGUACUGCCUAUGCUAUUGUGCAAAUCGCCUCAGCAGACUACCCUGACGAGUGGCCUCAGUUGAUGAACCAGUUGUACCAGGGAGCCAGCAACUCGGAUCUGGAGUACUCCAUGAUUGGUGCGUUGACAGUGUUGAACGAUCUCUUCGAUGACUUGGUGACUGAAGAACAGUUCUGGGAUGGAGGUGUUGGCAUCGAAAUCACCAACCACAUCAUGAGCUUGUUGACGCGGAACUUGGAUGCCACCAUCAAGACAAGUGCCAUUAAGCUCUACCAAAAUGUGCUCAACACUUUGCAGAGCCCAGAAGCAUUUACGCCUCAAAGAAAGGCGGGAGUUAUCGAGCACAUCAACUCUAGCAUUGUCGUUUUCACCCGCUUGCUUGAAGAAUCGAUUGCUGCAUCCUCCUCGGGAUUGAACCAAGUGUACCUCAGAUCCCACAUUUAUAGAAUAAUUGGCAGUAUACUCGGCAGCUUUGACAAGAAGGUCAAUCCAGACAUAAAAAAGAAGAUCACAGAAUUGUGUUUGCAGGACUUUGGCAGAUUGGCGGAAUUCAUGCAUACCAAUCAAAAACUAGAUGGAGUGUUCGAUAAUGAAACUGACAUGGACCCUGCAAACUUAUUGAUUGACUUGUUAAACCUGCUUUUACAAUCGCUCCUGAUCGUCCAGCAAACACUUCGGAUUACUGACUACAUCUCGCCAGAGUCGUUGUAUGAAUCUGUCAAGAAGGUGAGCAUUUUGAGUGAGGAUCUCAUCCAGGACUAUGAGGCUGAUUUGACGUUGUUCGUCAGUGACAUGACUGGAUUGUCCACAAACUUGACCACCCGUGAUCCAGUGCACGAAUUGUUAAGCGAGUUGAACGAUCAUGAUUCUGCUCAAUUAUUUAAAACUGUUCUUCGUUCUUUGAGCACAAAUUCCGAGAAUUGGAAGGUCCAGGAAGCGGACUUAUUCUUGUUGGAAUGCUUAUUCACCAACGACGAUAGUGAGAUAUUUGAUAACCAAACCUCGCUCACCGAUUUAUUGGGACUAGUCACUGGUCUUAUCUCGUACGAGCAUUCUUUCAUCACCGCCAGAUGUUUCCUCAUGUUACCAAAAUUCUUUGAGAAGUUCAGCUCUCAAAUAUCAGUUCCAAGCUUUGGAUUGAAGACUUUUAUCGGUAUGAUUGAGUUCUCCACCCAAGGAGAACCCAAUGAUAUCAUAAGAAUGAGUUCGUUAAUGAGUUUGACCUUAUACAAGAAUUUCACUGAUUUUGGCAAGCUUUUGGAGCCUGUGAAAAAGAACGAAAUCCAGCUCAAGAUCUUUCAGCUAGUCAAUUCAUUGAUUGAAGAAAGUGAAGAUGAUGGAUUGACCUCUUUGCUCGAAGCUAUUACAUUUGCAAUCGACGUCGAUCCUUUAGUGUCUUCCAAGCUUUCUGUAGCUUCGGGAGUCAAUGUCAUUGAUUUGAUCUUCAAAAUCUCAUUCAAGGAUGCCUCCAAUGUUCAAUUAACAAUUGACUCCACCGAAAGUUUGAGUACUUUGUUGAGUCAAAUUUCAAUUGACGAUUAUAUUGUGUGCUGUGAGAAGUCUCUUCCAUUCAUUAUAAACUUAAUAGACCGGGAAGUUAAAAAGGGUGGGAAUGUUGAGUAUACUCCUGACUUGUACUUAUCCUUGGAAUUAUUGAGCAUUAUCAUCGAUUCAUUUCCAAGUGAAAAAGGAUCAGAUUCAGAUGCAUCUGGCAAUUUCCCUCCCCAAAUUUUCAACUACGUUUUUCCGACUGUUAGAUCUCUUCUCCUUUCUACCACUGAUAAUCAAAUAUUGCAAAGCGGUGGUGAAGUGUUCAACGCUAUGAUCAAGGAGGGAUGGAACAACUUCUUGACUUUCCAAGACGAAUCCAAUGAAUCGGGAAUGACCUCUUUGUUGAGGAUUGUGUCCAAGUUUUUGUCUCCAGAAUUAUCCGAUAGUGCAGCCAUGAAUUGUGGUCUUAUUGUGCUCUCUCUCUUGCAGAAGUUUCAGUCAUAUCUCGAUCAAAGUUUCUUGUCCCAGUUGCUAGAAGCGACUGUCAACAGGUUAGUCUUGGCUCAAGAGCCAGUCACCAUCGAAAACUUGAUUAUGGUGUUCUGCAACUUGGUGUUGAAUUCGCCCAGUGAAAUGAUCGACCUCUUGGUAAACCAAAUUUCAGUACAAGAUGCCAAAACCAAUUCUAAGAUCGAUGGACUUUCGGCAGUGUUGCCCAUAUGGUUUGAAUCGUUUGAAGUUACCCGUGGAUACGAAAAGAUCAAGCAAAACGUUUUGGCCUUGGGUAAAAUAUUCACAUUAGAUGAUAAGAGAGUGCAGUCUCUAAUUGUCAAUGGAGACAUCAUUCCCUACCAGGGUGAUUUGAUAAGGACCAGGUCAAUGGCCAAGUCUAUGCCUGACCAAUAUACUCAGAUCCCAGCGUCCCAGAAAAUCUUGAAGUUAUUAAUUAGUGAGCUCUCUUUCCAAUGUCAACAGCCAGAAGCCAGCGACUAUUUUCCAGAAGUAGUUGAUGGAGAAGAUGAUGGUGAAGGCUGGGAAGAUAUGGAUGACAUUGGAGUUCCUAACUACGAGAAGUUGAAGUCGUACGUGGACUCGGACGAUGAAGACGAGUCCAACGAGGAUCAUGCCAGUGGUGACGAUUCGUUGUUGAAGAUCCUUGUGCAGUUCUUCAGAGAGUGCACCAUGAAGAACUUGGGCAACUUCCAAGCAUACUACGAGCUCUUGGAUGACGAUGAGAAGAGGACAGUUACCGAGAACGUUGUUUUUGAGUAGAAAGGCCUGAAGGGAAAGAAGGUAGGUAACUGAGCAAUAACUCGAAUGCUGGCAAAUUGAAAGAUUUUAGAGCAUUACUAUAGAACAUACGACCAUUAUUGCUUAGACAUAGGGUAGUUCUUUCUUCAGAUUAUCUGUCGAGUGAUAUGCAAAUAUAGGUAUGGAUUGCUGGGGUACCAACGGUACUGUUACUCAUACUCAAAUGGGGCGGAAACUGUGACAUAACAUACUCCAUGGCUUUUCCAGGAGUACGGAUCUUGGGCAAUGCAUCAUCAGAAAUAACCCUCUGUGUUUUAACAAUUAAUGAAGUAUGAAUGUCUUCACGCUAAAUCACCGGCUCUGUAGCUAGAAAUCAUACGAAUUGCUUUAAUUGCCAAAUAGAAUGACCUCCUUGAGCUCGCU